AUGGCAGCCCACUCGGACACGAAGGAGGCCCGGUGCUUCGAGUGCCCGUCGAGCCGCGACUACGACAAGGAGGCCGGGUCGCGGCUCGUCGACGCCGUGCGCGGCGACCGCGUCUCCGUGGCCAUGAGCCUGCGCCUCGAGGAGUUCGAGGACGACAUCGCCGGGCGGCUCAUGGAGAACUGCGAGAUCCGCCUCGCCGUGCCGGCGCUCGCGGAGCAGCGGCGGGCCGACGGCCAGGACUCGGUCUACGUCGGCGAGCCGGGCGUCGCCUUCUACCUCGGCCGCCGCGGCGACGCGGCGACGGCGCGCGCGCUCGUCGACUUCCACACGAGGAACGGCGACGCGCCGCCGACGGCGCUGGACUGCAGCCUCCUCUGCGGGGCGACGGGCCUCGACGUCGUCGCCGCGACUUUGGCGCCGGACGACGAGACGUUCCGCUUCCGCGCGAAGCGCGUGCUCUCUCGCGCGCAGCUCGCGCGCGGCGACAAGCUCGCGGCGGACGAGUGGCUCUACGGCAAGGCGGGCUUCCUGCGGGCCCUGUUGGGCCUGCGGCGCCUGGCGAAGCGGCGGCGCCUCGCAGCCCUCGAGGACGCGCUCGCCGUCGCGGCGACGCGCGUCGCGGCCGCGCUCCUCGACGACGGCCGGUCCGAGCUCGACGAGAUUCUGCGCUACUCCUGGCACGGCACGCCCUACGUCGGCGCGGCCCACGGCACGGGCGGCAUCUGCUAUCUCCUCCUAUGCGCGGCGCGCGACGACGCGCAGCUCGCGGCCAAGGCCUACCCGUACGUCCGCGCGACGCUGAAGGCGCUCGCGGCGCUCGCGGUCGACGGCAACUGGCCCGCGGUCGCCGGCGAGGCGCGCGCGCCCCUGGUCCACUUCUGCCACGGCGCGCCGGGCAUGGUCUUCGCCUUCUUCGAGGGCGCGAAGGUCUUCAAGGACGCGGCGCUGAAGACCGCGGCGCUCGACGCGGCCUACACGACGUGGAAGUACGGCCUCCUCUUCAAGGGGCCGGGCCUCUGCCACGGCAUCGCGGGCAACGGCUACGCGCUCCUCGCCGCCUUCCGCGCGACGGGCGACGUCAAGUGGCUCCACCGCGCGUGCGUCUUCGCGGAGACGGGCGUCGCCGAGGACACGAUCGCGAUGAGCCACACGCCGGACCACCCCCUCUCCCUCUUCGAGGGGCUCGCGGGCUGCGCCUGCUUCCUGCGGGACCUGCGCCAGCACCCCAAGGACGCGGAGCUGCCCUUCUUCGAGUUCCACGGGCUGUAA